AUGUUAACAGUUGUAUGUAAUAAACUUUCCGUAUCGUUUUUGGAUGGAAUUGUUUAUUUUGUUUAUCGAUCAUUUUCAACGACAUCAGUUCGAUGUACAAAAGAUUGGAUGUAUAAACAUGCAACUGACCCCUACGUACGUCGUUCUUACAAAGAAAAUUAUCGUGCUCGAAGUGCAUUUAAAUUAAUUGAAAUUAAUAAAUUAUACAAUUUUAUAAAACCAGGUCAUUGUGUUAUUGAUAUGGGUGCAUCUCCAGGUGCGUGGUCUCAAGUGUUGGCUAAACAAGUAAAUGUAAAAAUUCACAAAAAGUCAUUAUCUUCUGGUAACGUUGUGGUAAAACCAGCAUAUGAAAAAAUAUUUGCUACUGAAGAUCUAGUACAAACUCACUACGAAUUAAAUCCAAGUUUAGUAUCAUCGUCAUAUAUAUCCGAUCAAAAUUUAAAAUUUGGAACUGUGAUUGCUUUGGAUCGAGAACCCAUGUUUGAAAUAGCCGGUGUACAUAUUAUAGACGAUUGGGAAUUAAAGGAGGAUACAUUUCGUGAAUGUGAACAACGAUUAAAUAUUCUAUUAACGAAAUUAAACAUUGAUAAAGUGAAUGGAAUUGUUUCUGAUAUGUGUCCAAAUAUCACGGGUCAUAGCUCAAUUGAUCAUCCAAAAAUAGCUGAAUUACAAAAUCAAGCACUAUUAUUUGCCAGAAAAUUAUUAAAACAAGACGGUUAUUUUUUAUGUAAAAUGUUUAAUGGAGAUUAUCUUCAAGAAUUACGAACACAAAUGAAUGAGAUAUUUAACAAUGUACAUUUGAUUCGACCAAGUGCAACUAGGAAUGAAUCAUCUGAAACAUAUAUUUUAGGUUUAAAAUAUAAAGAAGAGAAAGAGAAAUCAUCAUCAAAACAAACAGAGCACGAAAAUCUCGUUGAAGAAGCAAAGAGAGUUAGGAGAAAAAAACCAAUAGUUUAA